GUUGGGGAGGGAGUGUCUCGUCCGCACGCUCAGACAGCAGGGAGCAGCUGAAGCAAGAGGAGUUCUGGUAACAUUUCGCUGCAUUGCUGAAAGUGACAUAUUAUCAUUUAAAACUUGAACAAUUCUAGAAUAGCAUUGUAUCAACGACAGCUAAAAUGGUAGAUCGCGAGCCACUGGUGCAGAAAGCCAGGCUGGCCGAACAGGCUGAAAGAUAUGAAGAUAUGGCAGUAGCCAUGAAAUCGGUGACAGAGUCGAACGAGGCCUUGUCCAACGAGGAGAGGAACCUGCUCUCUGUGGCCUAUAAGAACGUGGUGGGGGCGCGGCGCUCGUCCUGGCGCGUCAUCUCCAGCAUCGAGCAGAAGACCUCGGCGGACGCCAACGAGAAGAAGAUGGAGAUGGUGCGCGCGUACCGCGAGAAGAUCGAGAAGGAGCUGGAGACCGUGUGUCAGAACGUGCUCAACCUCCUGGACAACUUCCUGAUCAAGAACUGCAACGAGACGCAGCACGAGAGCAAAGUGUUUUACCUGAAGAUGAAAGGCGACUACUACCGCUACCUGGCCGAGGUGGCCACGGACGAGAAGAGGGUCGGCGUGGUGGAGUCCUCUGAGAAGUCCUACAGCGAGGCCCAUGAGAUCAGCAAGGAGCACAUGCAGCCCACCCACCCCAUCCGCCUGGGUCUCGCCCUCAACUACUCCGUGUUUUACUACGAGAUCCAGAAUUCACCUGAGCAGGCCUGCCACCUGGCCAAGACCGCCUUCGAUGACGCCAUCGCUGAGCUAGACACCCUGAACGAGGACUCCUACAAAGACUCUACCCUCAUCAUGCAGCUGCUACGAGACAACUUGACACUGUGGACGAGCGACCAGCAAGACGACGAGGGUGGCGAGACCAAUAACUAGAGAGUCCCUAAAGAGACCUCCGUGUCCUGUUUCAGCCAAUACACACAACACGCCCACACGCCCACACGCUCACACGCUCACAAAUGACAACAAACAAAAAUGAAACAGUUCUUAGAAAUGUUAAAAUGUUGGCUGGUGGAACUUUGGUAGCCACUUUUGCUGAUGAUACAGCAGCUGCAGUUCUUUAUUUUUCCCAAAGAAUAUAAAAAGUGAAGAAACAAUUUAAUUAAAAAGAGGAGUAGGAGGGGAGAUGAGUUUAGUUUCUAGUAUAGUUUAAAAAAUAAUAGAUAAACCCCUCCCUUCUUGAUUGCCUCUGCAACUUGUCAAAACACCACUUGAGAAUGAAGAAGGUCUGUGGUCAGUCAGUGAGUCAGUCAGUGAGUCAGUCAGUGAGUCAGUCAGUCAGUGAGUCAGUCAGUGAGUCAGUCAGUGAGUCAGUCAGUCAGUCAGUCAGUCAGUCAGUCAGUCAGUCAGUCAGUCAGUCAGUCAGUCAGUCAGUCAGUCAGUCAGUCAGUCAGUCAGUCAGUCAGUCAGUCAGUCAGUGAGUAGAGUGUGGCUGUUGCGUUAGAGACGACACCCUCACGCUGGCAUGGAGACCGGGGAGGGCGGAUGUCGUUAGCUACAUGAAGUGGAGCUGCUUAUUUAACUUAUGUGGUAAGGGAGGAGGAACAUUCAAAAGUGUAAGGGGAGAUCGACGCUUAUGCAAAAAUUAAAUUAAUAUAUAGAAUAUUUCAAAAACAAUUAUAAUAAUUAAUCACCUCGCAAAAAAAAGAGUUUCAAACAGUUUCCUGAUAGGGUGAAAGAGAUAUCGUAUCUCUAGCCAGAAACCUCAGACUUACCAACAUGGGAAUCCAGAAGUAUGCCUCACACUGUAAUGGUAAUCGUUGAGCGAAGUCAGAUAUUCUUUGUGGUUAUUGAACAUAACCCAAUGUUUUGUUGCCAUGAUCUCAGCAAUUGGUUUGAACCCAGUCAUCUAGAGUACUGUAACGAAAGCAGGAGGAAGCAGACAGUACAGUCCUCUCAUGCACUGAUACGCUACACAGUCAUCUAGAGUACUGUAACGAAAGCAGGAGGAAACAGACAGCCAGUACAGUCCUCUCAUGCACUGAUACGCUACACAGUCAUCUAGAGUACUGUAACGAAAGCAGGAGGAAACAGACAGACAGUACAGCCAGACUUAUUGUUACUCACCCCUUACCGAGGUUGUCAAGGGUGCCAUAUUAUGAGAAUAUCAAAAAUAUGCUAAUACAAUGAAAAUGAAAACGCCCCAAAUUAAAUUAUUUUGUAGAGGGGAUCAUUUGAUAUCGUAAGGCAACAUAAUUUUUGCCCUAAAUUAAGGUACAUUUAUGUUUACAAUAAUUACUUAUUGUAGAUCUCUGAAAUGACACAGUUGACUGGAACCACGCGCUCCACGAUACACCUUUCUUUUGGGCGCUGGCCAAUAUAUAAAACAGUUGUUUUUCUUCUUUCUGUUAACCUUUUUAAUUGUCAAGAAAUACAUUUGCCUAUCAUACUGUUCCCUGAGUGUAAAACGAUACCUGCUCAUACUGUUCCCUGAGUGUAAAACGAUACCUACUCAUACUGUUCCCACAGUGUAAAACGAUACCUGCUCAUACUGUUCCCUGAGUGUAAAACGAUACCUACUCAUACUGUUCCCUGAGUGUAAAACGAUACCUACUCAUACUGUUCCCUGAGUGUAAAACGAUACCUACUCAUACUGUUCCCUGAGUGUAAAACGAUACCUGCUCAUACUGUUCCCUGAGUGUAAAACGAUACCUACUCAUACUGUUCCCACAGUGUAAAACGAUACCUGCUCAUACUGUUCCCUGAGUGUAAAACGAUACCUACUCAUACUGUUCCCUGAGUGUAAAACGAUACCUACUCAUACUGUUCCCUGAGUGUAAAACGAUACCUACUCAUACUGUUCCCUGAGUGUAAAACGAUACCUGCUCAUACUGUUCCCUGAGUGUAAAACGAUACCUACUCAUACUGUUCCCUGAGUGUAAAACGAUACCUACUCAUACUGUUCCCACAGUGUAAAACGAUACCUGCUCAUACUGUUCCCUGAGUGUAAAACGAUACCUACUCAUACUGUUCCCUGAGUGUAAAACGAUACCUACUCAUACUGUUCCCUGAGUGUAAAACGAUACCUACUCAUACUGUUCCCUGAGUGUAAAACGAUACCUACUCAUACUGUUCCCUGAGUGUAAAACGAUACCUACUCAUACUGUUCCCUGAGUGUAAAACGAUACCUGCUCAUACUGUUCCCUGAGUGUAAAACGAUACCUACUCAUACUGUUCCCUGAGUGUAAAACGAUACCUACUCAUACUGUUCCCUGAGUGUAAAACGAUACCUACUCAUACUGUUCCCUGAGUGUAAAAUGAUACCUGCUCAUACUGUUCCCUGAGUGUAAAACGAUACCUACUCAUACUGUUCCCUGAGUGUAAAACGAUACCUGCUCAUACUGUUCCCUGAGUGUAAAACGAUACCUGCUCAUACUGUUCCCUGAGUGUAAAACGAUACCUACUCAUACUGUUCCCUGAGUGUAAAACGAUACCUGCUCAUACUGUUCCCUGAGUGUAAAACGAUACCUGCUCAUACUGUUCCCUGAGUGUAAAACGAUACCUGCUCAUACUGUUCCCACAGUGUAAAACGAUACCUGCUCAUACUGUUCCCUGAGUGUAAAACGAUACCUGCUCAUACUGUUCCCUGAGUGUAAAACGAUACCUGCUCAUACUGUUCCCUGAGUGUAAAACGAUACCUGCUCAUACUGUUCCCUGAGUGUAAAACGAUACCUGCUCAUACUGUUCCCACAGUGUAAAACGAUACCUGCUCAUACUGUUCCCACAGUGUAAAACGAUACCUGCUCAUACUGUUCCCUGAGUGUAAAACGAUAACUGCUCAUACUGUUCCCACAGUGUAAAACGAUACCUGCUCAUACUGUUCCCACAGUGUAAAACGAUACCUGCUCAUACUGUUCCCACAGUGUAAAACGAUAACUGCUCAUACUGUUCCCACAGUGUAAAACGAUACCUGCUCAUACUGUUCCCACAGUGUAAAACGAUACCUGCUCAUACUGUUCCCUGAGUGUAAAACGAUAACUGCUCAUACUGUUCCCACAGUGUAAAACGAUACCUACUCAUACUGUUCCCUGAGUGUAAAACGAUACCUACUCAUACUGUUCCCUGAGUGUAAAACGAUACCUACUCAUACUGUUCCCUGAGUGUAAAACGAUAACUGCUCAUACUGUUCCCUGAGUGUAAAACGAUACCUGCUCAUACUGUUCCCUGAGUGUAAAACGAUAACUGCUCAUACUGUU